AUGGAUAGAAUGUGGAUAACCGCUUCGCUGCUGAUUAUCGCCAUGAUCCACAUGCGAACAAACGGGCAGUCCACCGUCAACGUGCAGCUGGUGGUGAAGAAGUACGUCGAGCGGGGCAGCGCCGUGGCGUUGUACUGCGAAAAUGAUGUGCUGCCCGACAUCCUUUACAAGGUAACGUUCCUGAAGGAGGAGAGCAAGAUCUUCGAGUACAUCAAGGGACGAAGUCCACCGUACCGGAACUACAGCAUACCGGGCGCAGAGAUUGACUGGAAAAAGGUGACUCCGUCGACGCUGACCCUGAAGAACGUGGACUACGAUGCGAGCGGUUCGUACUACUGCGAGGUCUCGACCGACACCCCCAUCUUCACCAAGGCGUCCAACGACGAAAUGCUGCACGUAAUGCUUCCACAGAAAGGGCCACCGACGAUCGAGUUCGCGAAGAAGCAGCUCUAUUAUGGCGACACCCUCAUCGCUAAUUGCACCACGUCGAGAGCCCGACCGCAGCCACACAUAACCUGGCUAAUUAACGGCAAACAGGUGGAGGAUGUCCAUAUCCGGCCGUUACACCACACGUCGAAGAACAGCCACCGGUCGAAGCUGAGCCAGCCAUCGUCCGCCGUGCUUCACCACGGGAAGCUCGUCGGCUCCGGGGGCAGCCCGUCCGUCAGUGGCAGCCUGAAGGAGCUGAAGCAGCGAACCAAAGCCGUGGAGAACGAGCUGCUGCCGAAAUCGACGAGCUCAAUGGGGCUGGGUGGUGGCAACGGAGGUGGUAGCUACACGGGCGGGGUGUUCGAGAUUCAGCCGAACGUGGGCUACAGCUACGACGGUGGCUACAACUACGGCAUCAAGAUGCACCAUCCGGGCCGGGAGCGCAGCGGCGGCAGCACGAUCGGUCUAAUCAACGGCGCGUUCGGUGGCCCGUCGUACGGCAGCCUGGGGGGGAUGGCGGGGCUCGGGGCCCUCGGCGCCGGGCCCCUGCUCGGCGGACCCGGGGCCAGUCCCGAUGUCCUGGUGGAGGAGCACGACAAGAAAACCUGGCAACGCAACGACUACUAUCACCAGUACUAUGACAAUAAGCAGCAGCAGCAGCAGCAGCAACACUACGACAACGGCUACCGGAAGCACCGUAACUCUUACGAACACAAGUACAGGCGGCACGUGAUCGACGGUGAAAACCGCAAGAGCCAUCGGGUGUCGGCGAGCUACAGCCAACUAUCGCUUCGCAUCACCGAGGCGCUGACGAACAACCUGGGCCGGAUAGAGAUCACCUGUCUGGCCACGAUUCCUGCCCAUGUCGAGCCAGGCGAGCAGUACGCCGACUACAAGACGUCCCUCAUCAAGCUGGAUAUCGAGCAGAACGAUCAAACAUCGCCGCAGCCAUCGAUGAGCGGAAUGGCUGCGUUCGGGAACUCGGGCGCCGUCCAGAACAGCUUCCACGCGGUCCCGGCCCGCAGCCGCUCGACGAUGGCGGCAGCGGGAGCUCUCCUAACCCUUACCAUCGUACACCAUCGCAUCCAGCCUCGAUGGAUGCCCUAA